AUGUCUGUGGGACCCAACGAAAUGUAUCCCAGGGUCCUGAGGAAAUUGGCUGAUGCAGUUGCCAAGCCAAUCACAAUCAUGUUUGAAAAGUCAUGGCAGUCAGGCAAAGUCCCCAGCGACUGGAAAAAGGCAAACAUCACGCCCAUUUUUAAAAAAAAUAAAAGGAGGACCCUGGGAGCUACCGACUACUGGCUCACCUCUGUGCCCAGUAAGAUCAUGGAACAGAUUCUGCUGGAAGAUAUGUUGAAACAUAUGGAAGACAAGGAGGUGAUUAGAGACAGUCAACAUGGUUUCACCAAAGGCAAAUUGUGCCUGACUAAUCUUGUGGCCUUCUACGAUGGAGUGACUGCAUCAGUGGACAGGGGAAGAGCUAUGGAUGUGAUCUACCUGGACUUCUUUAAGGACUUUGAUACAGUCCCCUCCAACAUUCUUGCUGCUAAAUUGGAGACAUAUGGGUUUGAUGGAUGGACUAUUAGAUGGAUGAGAAAUUGGCUGAAUGGCUGCGUCCAAAGAGUUAUAGUCAAUGGCUCAAUGUCCAAGUGGAAACCAGUAACCAGGCUAUACCAGAUUCAGCCAAAGCUAUACCAAAUGUGUUUUCAUCAGGUGGUGGAUGACAUCAUGAUGAGUGGUGUAGUUGGUAUGCGUGAGGGAAGGGAUGCCAUCCAGAGGGACCUUGACAGGCUUCAGGAGUGGGCCAAUGUGAAACUCAUGAAGUUCAACAAGGCCAAGUGCAAGGACCUACACCUGGGUCGGGGCAAUCCCCAGUAUCAAUACAGGCUGGGGGAUGAAAGGAUUGAGAGCAGUCCUGCAGAGAAAAAGGGGAUACUGGUGGAUGAAAAAUUAGACAUGAGCCGGCAAUGCGCACUUGCAGCCCAGAAGGCCAAUCGUAUCCUGGGCUGCAUAAAAAGAAGCGUGACCAGCAGGUCGAGGGAGCUGAUUCUCCGCCUCUACUCUGCUCUCAGAAAUGUCCUGUCCAUGGUAAAACUGAUACAUAUAGAAGUCUUCUAA